AUGUCAGGAAACGCAGAAGACCAGAAGAAGGAGGAUCAGCCUGUGCCUUACGAGGAGGGCAAGGAGAACUCCCACCAAGAGAACGACUCUAAGGAUGAGCGCAGCAUAGCCAACCGCCUCGCGGCCGCCGAUGACCAGAACGACCCCAAUGAGGGGAGCGGCAAGAAGAAGACCGAGGAGCAGAUCGCCGCCGAGCACGACCCCACCCUCCCCGCGAGGAUGCACGGCAACGAGCCGUCGCGCGGCGCCAAGAUCGACAAAAAGAUCGAGGACGAGGAGGCAGAGAUCAUCAAGCGAAUGGAUGAGAGCAAGGCGGCCAAGAAGAAGAACUAA